AAACAGUGGACAACUGAACUGAGGAUUACACGGGUCGUUAUGGUUGUCGGGAGUCAUUUGAACGGGACUCGGAGCAGCCGGACGGAGCGCGGAGAAGCGGCCGGACAGCCGUAGACGGGCAGCGGGACAUCCUCCAGUCUUGUUGGGACACUCCACAAUCAAGUAGAUUUCAGUUAGCUCUGCUCGCUAGCCUAGCCGCUGCGUUAGCUUCGAGAUCCCAGGCGCAGGAAAAUGAAGCGUUAUUGCCCUUUGUUUUUACACCGGACUGCAAGACGCUGCAUAAAUGCCGAGGGCUGAUUCAACUCGCCGCUGCGCAAUUUGCACCAUGCAAUGAUUUAUUUCAGGGCCCUCAGUUGAAGUAUCUGUCGUUUUCAAAACAGUCUGCGGCUAGUCCGUUAGCUGGCCAGCUAACUCUUGAUUCUCCCGCGAUCCAGAAAAGCGAAGAGUCUCAAACUUCGCCAACAAGGAGCCUGACGCAGGGAAAGGGUUUCCAUCUCCAUCCAAGCCCCUGCUCGGAUGUGAACCGAACAGACACGUUUGUCAGUCAACCUGAGAGCCUCUGCCUCAUCACUGAAGAGAGUCCAGGUGUUUGGACGAGUCAGGUGUUGCUGGCAGUCUGUGUGCUUCUAACCCACCAGCAUGUACAUUGGACAGUGGAUACCAUAGCCAAAACAGAUCCUGGCUUCCCAAAGAUGACAAGGUGCUGGCAGGUCGCAGCUACAAAAUGAUGGGAGGCAGUGAGACUGUCAGUGGGGACAAGGAUGGGGUCCACACUGCUGCAAUACACGUCCCCAUCGGCUGGCAGCGGAGGGUGGAAGCAGGGCAGGUGGUCUAUGUCAGUCCCAGUGGCACGGCACUGUCCUCUCUGGACGAGGUCAAGACCUAUCUGCUGACUGAUGGCACCUGCAAAUGUGGUCUCGAGUGUCCACUCAUCAUCCAUAAGGUUUUCAACUUCACUGCGGGUGUGAAGGUGGAGCAGCACAGCCAGCCGUUAGGCAAAGCGGAGCAGGACAUGACCAAACUGUGCAAUCACCGCAGGAAAGUGGUGGCGAUGGCCGCUCUGUGUCGGAGUAUGCAGGCCUCACAGCUCCCCUUUGCCAACUUUCACCAUCCAGAGGCGAGCAGCCGUGUGGACAGCAGAGAUCCGAAGGGAGAACCAGUGGAGCGUGAAGACGAGGACCACGGUGUAUUUUACCCAAAACUCCACCCGGUGCCGCCUCGGCCUCACACCAACCUCCACUCAAACCCGUGUGCCAGCCCCAAAUCCUCCCAACACUUUGUUUUCCCUUACAAUGGUUCUUCCCCGGUUCUUCACACUGGCGCGAACUCUCACCAUCCUCUCGAUGCUUUAAGAAGAUUUCACCACCCUCCUCUCCCAGCAUCCACCAGCCCCUCAUUCCCAGCUUACAGCGCCACCCAGAGGUCACCUCGCACUCCGACGCCUCAGAGCGUCAGUCAAGGUCAAAGAACUCCUAAAACCCCCCAGAGUCCUGGCUCCCCGCGGCUCGGACCCCUCUCCUCACCUCCUCCCUCCUCCCCUAUGACUGUUGGUGGCGGAGGAAGAGGAGCACAGACUCUCUCUCAUCAUCCUCAUAGCGUCAUCGUCGGGGGCUCCCCACUGUCUCCGUCUCCCUCCCUCUCCCCCUCGGUCCACAGCAUCUGCGCGUCUCCUCGCCAGCGCUCCCGCCACCCUUCAGCCUCUCCUUCCUCUCUGUCUGAGCAGGCAGGAGGCUCAAGCACGGCAGAAGGAGGAGGGCUGAUGGGAAGUAGCCUGACUCAGAGGAGGAAAUCCACCUCUUCCUCUCCACACUCCCCGCUCCCCGGCGGUUCCCCAAACCCCAGCCCCCACUUCCCCAAGCACAAGCUGGAAGACAUCUUGGAGCAGUUUAAAAACUCAGGCAACAGCAGCACUAAUAAUCACCACCUCCUGAACCUAACUAACCCCUCCUUACUUACCAACCAAAGCAGUAAUUACCCUCAUGCUCUCUCUUCAAAGUCCUCAAAGAGUGUUGUGCCCCCAACCUCCAGUACAGGACCACCAGGUUGCGGGUUGAACUCUGCAGGGCCCUCUAGUUUACCUCUGGGUCCAUUUCUGAAGCACCAACAAAGCCAUCAGGGUAAGCUGCCUCACCCAGCCUCUUUUCCUGCGAGCAGUUUGCUGUCAGCAGCUGCCAAGGCUCAGCUGGCAAACCAGAUAACCCAGGGGCAGAGCUCAAAUGUGGCCAACAACCCAGGGAGCCUGGCCUCUUCCCUGGAGAUCUUGAAAGAAGCACAGCAGCAACAGUCAUCAAAGGUAACAAAUAGCACUUUACAUAACAGCCACUCCCCUUCCUCCAUUGCUUCCACUAGGCUUCCCCAUCCCACCCUCGCAGCAGCCUCUGCUGUCCUCUUUUCUCCAUCCCACUCUCUGAUCCAGUCCCUGGCUUCCUCCUCGACCCACCUGCCCCCCACAGCAGAACGCGGUGCGUCACACAGGAAGAGACAGCGCAGAUCUCCAACGGUGCUCAGCAUGUUGAGAGAUACGGCCAAUGGGCCGCGGAAAUCCCCACCAGAAGAGUCCGCUGCUGGGACCCUAAUCAACCUUUCCUGCCCUGCCUUUACCUUUCCUUCCUCCUUGCACUCCUCCUCUACCUCAGCUGUGCAGAACCAGAAUGCCAUCAUGUUGGAUAAACAGCAUGAGCUGGUCCCCGGGCAGAUGCCCAGGCUCGCCGCUCCUCGAGCAACAGCACACUUCUCCAGGCCUCCGCGACCGAACGAGGCUCUGGAUUUCACUACGAGCCUGACACCUGCGCCGCUCGGCCUGGACCCUCCCACCCAGCCCCUCUCUGCUCUGUUACACCUGCUCAGUGUCCAGAACGCCCAGGCCGCAGCCUCGGCAUCCAAUUCCGCCGCCUCACAGUCAGGCUCUGCAUCGGCUGAAGGGGCGAAACACACUACUAAACCAAACCCGAGACUGUCACCCGCGUCUCCGGCCCGGCACGCUCUCGUCAGACACCCGCAGACGCCGUCACCCCGCCGGACAGAUAACACUAAUCCUCUACCGCUGGUGCAGCAGCCUCUUUCUCCUUCUGCCGUCUCCUCCCAGUUCACUUCAGCACAGUCCCAAUCUCGGCCUCGCUCUACGAAAUCCAGUCCUUUGCAAAGAGACUCUCCUUGUGCAGGGCAGCCCAACAUCAACCUGGCUCCGCAGAUGUCACCAUCGUCCUUUGAGAAGCCUCAGCCAACUGAUAAUGACAUUCCUACAGUAGACUCUGUCUCUCAGACUCGUUUGCAGGUGUCCUCGCCACAAGACUCCAGGGUAACAGAGGUCGGUGGGAGUAGCAGUGUGUCUGACUCUGUGGACUCCAGUCAGUCUCAAGCCAGUUUUCCUGUUGGGGCAUCCACUUCCCCGAAGCCUCUUGAUCUUAGCAACCACGUCCUGGCCCUUCUCGCUGCAUCCUCCACUGUGCCCCAGGAAGAGGACAGUUCCUCCAACCAUGCUGCUGAUCCUGAGACGUCUUCCCCACAAAACCAUUCUUCAGGGUCAGAGGAGCCUGGAUAUGUGGACACAAAGGCUUCGACAUUGAACAAAACUUCGGCGGCCACCGUACCUGAGCUCACUGUCUCGUCCCGACAAGGAGAGAAUCACAGCCCCGCCCCUCCAGUGGUUGCUGACUCAGCGGCUACCCUACCUCUGGCCGAGGCCUUUCCCUUCAUGAACCAGGAGCAGCUGCUUCAGCUGCUGUCGUCCACAGGUGGUCUGCCAUCCCUCCUGGACCCCGCAGUCCUGGCCUCUUUGCCAUUGGGAGGGAUGUGGUUGGGAGGGCAACAUGCACAAAUACCUCCGGCCAACGUUACACCACAACCAUCGCAGAGUGUUGCAGAGCAGCAGCAGUCGCUGCUGAUACAGCAGCAGCAGCAGGACGCACAGCAGCAGAACCAAGACCAACAACAAAAACAGCCAAUUAAUAACAACCCCCUCUUUCCUCUGUUGCCCUUGUUGAGCGGUGCCCAAGGAGAGUUGCCUCUGAACCUUUUGGGCCUGCUCAACCCACUCCCGGCUCCGGCUUCAGCGCCUUCUGCUGGACAGGACCCAGAUCUGACGGAGAAACCCAGCCUCCAGGCUCUGCUCAUGGCCUCCUUGUUGCUCGGGCAGCAGCAGACUUCUCUGCUACCUCUGUCUGCAUUAGGUCAGCUGAGCCAGGUCAGCUUGGAAGUCCCGAUCCAGCAGUCCCAGCAGAUCCCUGCCGCACAGGAGGGCCUCGCUUUAGACAAGAGCUCUGGCCUUCUUGAACUCUCCACCCUCGCAGGGACAGGGCUCCUGGAGGUCACCCAGGGCCUUCUUCCCAUUCCUGCUGGAUCUGAGGGCUCUAUCCAAGCCCUGCAGUCUCUGCUCCUUCCUGCCGCUCUUCCUCCUCCCCCUGCAGCCUUCCUGCCCCUCAGCCCUGCCUUGCUCUCUGCUGCCCUGAGCUCUGCUGAGCUCCACCCUCCUCCCAACACCCAGUUAACUCCUGCACAGCAAACCCAACAUCCCCAACCUCAGGUACCUACUGAUGCAGGUGUGGACACCCUCAUCCCCGUUUCUCUGCAGGGCAAAGACAACCCGCUCCUUCAACAGUUGCUGCCCACGUUGCUUAACCCUGCUUUAAUAGGAGAUCUUCCUGGUAUCGCUGGCCUUCAUAACAUGGUGGGGAUCGGAGCCGGUUCCAUUCUCCUGCCCUCAGUCCAGGCCUCUGCUUUGGGAAUGCCCCUGCUGCAGGGCCCAGAUGGAGCCAUCAACCUACUAAACAACAUACAGUUGAAUCUUGCACCGCCCUCAGAAGGAGAGAAGCCAGUUUCAUUGCAGGAAACCCAAAGCCCCGCCCCCCAGGAGGACAUGCCAGCCAGUCAAAUGGCUCCUGACGUGGUCCCCAGUCCACCGCCUCCUCCAUCGCUCGCUCCCACUCCAGCCCCCGCCCAGGAGUCCAGCCCGCCCACUCAGCGAGGGUCCGAGGGAAGGCCGGUUAUCGACCCCUACACCUCUUUCAUGGACACCAUCUAUACCUCCUUCCUUCAAGUCAGCGCUAAAGAGCAAGAAGACGGGGCCCACCUGGGGCCCUCCGACCCCACUUCACCCUUCUGUGCCUUACCGCCAGUUUCUUUCCCCGUGGAUCACCACACCCCGCCCACCACUGUCCCCACACUGCCGCAGGCAAACGCCCCCGUCUCCCUCAGCCCGCGGCGGGCCUGCACCCUCCGCAACCCGGACUUAUCCCGGCUCAGCCUGGAAGCGGCGGCCCAUUCCCCGGCCCAGGGGACCCCCAAGCCCACGGAGGACGGCUCCUCGUCACCCUUACAGAGGAAACCGGUCAUGGUGGAGGGACACACCCACCCCGAGCCCCCUCUGCCACAUAUAUACCUGGAGGAGGCCAAGACAGACUGUACGGCGCCCACUGCCGCCGUGUGCCCCUUUGUGGAGGCGGGGGUGGAGAGGCAGGGCCAUCAUCCCCACGCAGGGUACCUGAGUCCCCGGGACGGGAGGUCCAGCGAGGAGGCGGCGGGGACGCUGCGACACCCUGAGCAGCGGAUGGAUCAGGCAGGAGCAGCAGCGGGAGCCAGAAGAGGAAGGAAAAGGAAGCAAACGCUUCAGAAUGUGUUGGAAGACUUCAGAGACAUGGACGCUACAUCACUAGAGGAAUCCAAGGCUACAACAGCGCUGCUGAAGCCUGAGCGGUCGGUGCGCGGCAGGCGGCGGCGAGGCGCCAGGUCUCAGAGGCAGUGAUUGGUGGAGGGUGCUGUCCUUCAGAGCUGUUGACCAAUGAAAGGCAGCCGGACGCCUCCGUGUCCCCCUCCUUCUCUCCACCCUCAUCACUACUGUUUAGACCUUUUUUAAAAAAAAAAAAAAAGAAAGAAAAUCAACUGCACUAAUAUGCUGUUGUCAUGUCAGCCAUUGUUAUGACAACCACUAUUGAAAAAAAAAAACACACACACAUAGGAGAAAUUUCUAGUUUGAAUUUAUUUUUUUGAAAUAAAUGGGGAAAACGUGAGGAGAGGUUUCGUUGAUACUUUUUCACGUAGGUUUUCUCUUCGGUCUGGGUCACAGAAUAAUGGUUGCUUUACAUUGUAAUCAAAGAUCUGCCGAUUAGGUUGUUGUUGUAGGAUUUUAUCAGUGGGAAAACGU